UGGAGGUGGCAGAAAUUACGGAGAAUUAAACGUUGGACCUGGAGGCUGGUGGGGUGGUAAGUGAGGACAAGGGGAACCCUAUCCCGAGUGGGGUGGCAGGCGGAUGGGGUGAGGGAAGAUGUGCGGGAAAUGGGAGAGAUACGUUUGAGAGCAGAGUUGAUGGUGGAAGAAGGGAAGCCCCUUUGUUUAAAAGAGGAAGACAUCUCCUUCAUCCUGGAAUGAAAAGCCUCAUCCUGAGAGCAGAUGCGGCGGAGACGGAGGAAUUGUGAGAAGGGGAUAGCAUUUUUGCAAGAGACAGGGUGGGAAGAGGAAUAGUCCAGGUAGCUGUGAGAGUCUGUAGGCUUAUAGUAGAUAUCAGUAGAUAAGCCGUCUCCAGAAAUGGAGACAGAAAGAUCAAGAAAGGGGAGGGAGGUGUCGGAAAUGGACCAGUAAAUUUGAGGGCAGGGUGAAAGUUGGAGACAAAGUUAAUGAAGUCAACAAGCUCAGCAUGCAGGCAGGAGGUAGCGCCAAUGCAGUCAUCGAUGUAGCGACAGAAAAGAGGGGGAUGGAUACCCGUAUAGACUUGGAACAUGGACUGUUCCCCAAUGCCAACAGAAAGGCAGGCAUAACUGGACCCAUACAGGUGCCCAUGGCUACACCCUUGGUUUGGAGGAAGUGGGAGGAGCCAAAGGAGAAAUUAUUGAGAGUAAGAACUAAUUCCGCUAGACGGAGGAGAGUGGUGGUAGAGGGGAAUUGGUUAGGUCUGGAUUUUUUUUUAGAUUCACUGAUUCUAUUGUGUUUCUUGGAUUUACUGUGUAUGCCUGCAGGAGAACAAAUCUCGGGGUUGUAUGUGGUGACAUAUAUGUACUUUGAUAAUUUACUUUCAAGCAAAGGCAGAAACAGAUUGUUAGAGAAUAUCUGGAAGGUCAUCACUGGUAGAUGCUGGAAUUCCAAACCAACACUCACAAAAUACUGGAGGAACUCAGCAGGUCAGGUAGCAUCCAUGGAAAAGAGUAAACAUUUAAUGUUUGGGGGCGAGACUAUUCUUCAAGAAAUGAAGAAGGGUCUCAGCCUGAAAUGUCGACUAUUUACUUUUUUCCGUGGAUGCUGUCUGACCUGCUGAGCUCCUCCACCAUUUCGUGUGUGUUGUUUGCAUUAGGCAUCAGAAGCCCAUAUUACUUUAACCUUAAUUGGCAAUAAAUUCUCUAAGAUUAUUCAUCUUCAUUAAACUCUGCAUUAAACAUCUAAGACAAAGAUUGGAUGUUCGAAAUGAGAAGAGACCCAUUCCCUGGACUUAAAGGUUCAAAGUACAUUUAUUGUCAAAGUAUGUAUGCAGUAUACAACUCUUGAGAUUCAUUUGCUCAUAGAUAGCCACAAAACAAAGAAAACCAAAACAAAGAAAACAAAGAGUAACAUCAAACCGCCAAUAUUUUAAAAAAGAACAAAUUGCACAAACGACAAAAAGACGAGUGGAAAAAAAUAUAAGACACCAAACCACAAAGCUAUCAAAAAUGUGCAGGCAUAUUCAGUCCAGCCCAGCUCAUCCUAACCUAGUGCUGUGUCUUCGCUAUUCUGCAGGUCACAGAACUAGUCUACCCGGAUCAAAAUCGCACAAAAAUAGCAACAAAACCAGAAGUGACUAGAAACACAUCAUAAUGUGAACUACAGAGUCCAAUCCACAAACGGCUUCGAUAAAACCUUGCCCAAGACUCUGGCAUCUUCGAGCGAGAAGGAGAGAGAGUCCAUCCAUAUGCAGACACCUUCCUUCGAGAGCAGCAGGAGAGGGGGAGACAAAGAGAGACUGGUCACACGCAGACACUUUCCUCCGGCAACAGCAAGUGAGGAGAGGGGGACCGGUCAGCUGCAGGCUAUUAUAAAAGAAGGUCUUCUAAUGAAACAGACAAGUUCAUUUCAGCGCUGGAAAAGAAGAUACUUCAAGCUCCGAGGGCGGAUACUGUACUAUGCAAAGAAUUCAAAGUCCAUCAUAUUUGAUGAGGUCGAUUUAACGGAUGCCAGUGUUGCAGAAUCCAGCACGAAAAAUGUUAACAACAGUUUUACAAUAAUUACUCCUUUCCGAAAGUUGAUUUUGUGUGCUGAAAACCGCAAGGAAAUGGAAGAUUGGAUCGCUGCAAUGAAAACGAUCCAAAACAGGGAUCACUUUGAGUCAACCCAAUACAGCAUGGACCAUUUCUCAGGAAUGCACAACUGGUACGCUUGCUCACAUGCACGACCCACAUAUUGCAAUGUCUGUCGAGAAGCCCUGUCUGGCGUAACAUCUCAUGGACUGUCCUGUGAAGUAUGUAAAUUCAAAGCUCACAAACGCUGUGCUGUGCGAGCCACCAACAACUGCAAGUGGACAACGCUGGCCUCAAUUGCCAAAGAUAUAAUUGAAGAUGAAGAUGGGGUCUCGAUGCCACACCAGUGGUUGGAAGGUAACUUGCCUGUCAGUGCAAAAUGUACUGUCUGUGACAAGACAUGUGGCAGUGUUUUGCGCUUGCAGGAUUGGCGCUGCCUGUGGUGUAAGGCAAUGGUGCACACAGCUUGUAAAGACAUGCUUUCCAUAAAAUGUCCUCUGGGGCAAUGUAAAGUUUCCGUUAUUCCUCCUACUGCACUCAACAGUAUAGACUCUGAUGGAUUUUGGAAAGCAACAUGCCCACCAUCCUGUACGAGUCCACUUCUGGUCUUUGUGAAUUCGAAGAGUGGAGAUAAUCAAGGGGUGAAGUUCUUGAGGAGAUUCAAGCAGUUACUGAACCCGGCUCAGGUGUUUGACUUGAUGAAUGGAGGCCCACAUCUUGGAUUGCGAUUAUUCCAGAAGUUUGACACAUUUCGCAUCCUUGUGUGUGGCGGAGAUGGAAGCGUUGGGUGGGUGCUGUCUGAAAUCGAUAGCCUGAAUCUCCACAAACAGUGCCAGAUGGGAGUACUGCCUUUGGGCACAGGGAAUGACUUGGCACGAGUGCUGGGAUGGGGAUCAGCCUGUGAUGAUGAUACACAGCUGCCUCAAAUCCUGGAAAAACUGGAACGAGCAAGUACAAAAAUGCUGGAUAGAUGGGGUAUUAUGGUUUAUGAAACUAAGGUUCCUCGACAUUCUUCCUCUUCAAUAGGGGUAGAGGAUUUCAGUGAUGAUUUAGAGGUACAGCAGAUUUCAUCUUAUGAGGAUUCAGUUGCUGCACAUUUGUCUAAAAUCCUGACAUCAGAUCAACAUUCAGUGGUAAUUUCGUCAGCAAAAGUGCUUUGUGAAACAGUGAAAGAUUUUGUGGCCCGGGUUGGAAAGGCUUAUGAGAGGACUACAGAAAACUGGGAAGAAUCUGAGACUAUGGCAAGAAAGUGCUCUGUCUUAAAAGAAAAAUUGGACUCACUGCUCAAAACACUCAGUGAUGAAUCUCAAGCAUCAUCCUCUUUGCCAAACCCACCGCCAACAAUUGCAGAAGAGCAGGAAGACGGUGAGGCAGCCAAUAUCAUGUGUGACCUUGCAGAAGAAAGAUCAGCCUGUUCACCCAGACCACAGAUAUUUCGUCCCAGGGAGCAGCUAAUGUUGCGGGCAAAUAGUUUGAAGAAGGCGAUACGUCAGAUCAUAGAGCAUGCAGAGAAAGCUGUUGAUGAGCAGAAUGCACAGACACAUGACCAGGAAGGUUAUACUUUUGGUGGUUGCUCUGAAGAAGAUGGAAGAGACACCCAGAAUGAAGAUAAGGUCUCCCUGCACUCCACAUAUAGCAUCAACAUUAAAGGAAAAGUCAACCGGAAAGUGCCAAAGUCUCCCUGUGAGAGGAGAAUCAGUAAAGGAAGCCUGUCCAUUGGGAGUUCCUCCUCGCUUCCUACUCCAACAGGAAAUAGAGACAAUUUACCAAUGCUCAACUCCAAGAUUCUUUACCCAAGUUUACGAGCCGGAUUGGCUGCUUCUUUGGCUGGAGGAUCUGUCAUCAGCAAAAUGUUACUUGUCCAUGCUGACCCUGUGAUCUCGGAGCCUGAUAUUCUAAAUGGGUACACAGAAAAAUGUGUCAUGAAUAAUUAUUUUGGAAUUGGAUUGGAUGCAAAAAUAUCGCUGGAUUUCAACAACAAACGGGAUGAACAUCCAGAAAAAUGCAGGAGUCGAACAAAAAAUAUGAUGUGGUAUGGGGUUCUUGGAACCAAGGAGCUACUACACAGAACGUAUAAAAAUUUGGAGCAGAAAGUACUUCUCGAGUGUGAUGGACAGCGCAUUCCCCUACCUAGCUUGCAGGGUAUUGCAGUACUAAAUAUCCCCAGCUACGCUGGUGGUACCAACUUUUGGGGUGGAACCAAGGAAGAUGAUAUUUUCACAGCUCCUUCUUUUGAUGACAAGAUUUUGGAGGUGGUGGCUGUGUUUGGCAGUAUGCAAAUGGCAGUUUCACGAGUCAUCAAUCUGCAACAUCAUCGAAUUGCUCAAUGUCGUUCAGUAAAGAUUACAAUUCUUGGCGAUGAAGGAGUCCCAGUACAAGUGGAUGGGGAAGCUUGGAUUCAACCCCCUGGCUACAUAAAAAUCAUUCACAAAAACCGUGCACAGAUGUUGACUAGAGAUCGGGCUUUUGAGAACACCCUCAAAUCUUGGGAAGAUAAACAAAAAUGUGAACUACCUCGUCUGUCAUCCCAGCAUGCCUUGCAGCCUGAGAUAGUUUCAGAAGAGGAAGCUGCUGAGAUCAACCAGUUCGGCCGAGCGGCUGGAACACUCAUCCAUCGGAUUCGGGAAACCGCACAGCUUCAUCAUACAAUGGAACAAGAGCUUGCACAUGCGGUAAAUGCCAGUGCCAAAUCAAUGGAUAAAGUUUAUGCAAAGUCAAAAACAACCGAGGGCUUGAGUUGCAGUCUGGUGAUGGAAAUGGUCAACAAUGGGAAAGCCCUGCAUAAUGAGACCGAGCUUCUACUAGCAGGCAAGAUGUCCCUGCAGUUAGAUCCCCCUCAGAAGGACGAGCUCACUGGGGCUCUGGCUAAUGUGGACCUUCAGCUUCGCAAGCUGGCAGAAAUUCCUUGGCUGUGUCAACUGAUCGAACCAAGCGAUGAUGAGGGGCAAUUGCUGGAAUAUUCCAAACGGACUCGUAGUGCCAAGUUCCGUCUUGUGUCAAAGUUAAAAAAAGAGAAAAAUAACAAAAAUAAGGAAACCAGAGGGAAUUUGGGUUUGCCAGGUCGCGCUGCUCUUCGCUUUCCCACAGUGCAUCAGUGGGGUACUGAGGAGGUGGCGGCCUGGUUAGAGCAUCUUAGCCUGUUCGAAUACAGGGACAUCUUCAUCGGACAUGACAUCCGUGGCUCAGAGCUCUUGCAUCUGGAGAGGCGAGAUCUGAAGGACUUGGGGAUAACAAGAGUGGGCCACAUGAAGCGGAUUCUACAUGGGAUCAAGGAGUUGAGCCGGAAUACACCUGUCAGCGAAGUGUGAUGUACAUGUUCAGCUCAUGUGUCAACAGAGCUACCUAAGCCUCCAGCCCACUGAACAGAGGAUGAGAACACCUAGCCUUUAGCUGUAUGUGUUUGCCUCACCUUCAGCUUAUCAGAAAGUGUGGUGGUGGAGCAUCUAACAAAUAGCAAUGUUAUAAGUGGCCUUGUACUCAAAUCUUAUGGCCAAAAGAAAAUGGGAACAAGCCUUAACCAAUCAAACUAAUGCUGGAUUCAAGGAAAAAUCUGUCAAAUCAGAAUGGAAGUUACCUCAAACAUGGCACCCAGGGCAACCAGUUUGUUUGGAUUGUUACGCUGAAAGUUAGCUCAGAGUAAAUGGAGUGUAAUUGGUCUAAAUUUAAUCAUGGUCCCAACGAAGAGGGAUCUUGUUUUUUCGACAAAGGAAUAUUCUACACAACAGUGACCUAAUUUCUAAAUUUCAUUUAUGAAAGGGACAAAACAUUUCUUUCUUAUAAAAGAAGAACAUAUAUGGCCUAAUGAAACUGUUACUCUCAUCGACAGAAAUUAACAUUUAAUGUUGUGAUCUUUGAGAGUUUUUUGGAUGUUUGUGGACUCCUACAUCUUUCUCUCAACCCAGAAUCUGUACAGAGUCCUUUUACAGAACAGAACUUGAAGAAGAUGGGAAUGCUAUUACAGUGUCUUCCUGUACUGUUUGCCUUCAAAGCUCCUGCCAUUACUGCAUUGGUUUCUGUUGCCUAAACAGUAACUUAAGAGUAUAGGGAGGCAGGAGCUCAUGUCAAUGCUCAGACUCCAAAAGUGGAGCUUUCAGUGCAACACUGCCAAAAAGGGUAUUCAAACCCACCCUAACCCUUUGGAGUAAGCCUGGAUGAUAUUGUCCUGGAGUGUUAAAGAUGAAUGAGAGUCAAUUCUUGUACGUCUGGGAAGUAAAAGAAUCAGUCCUGGGUUGACUGGAAUGUGUGAGAAUAAUUUUAGAAGUGUUUGCAGUAUGUGAGACUAAUUUCAGAAGCAUUACGAAUGUAUGAGAAUGUGUCCUUAAAAAGAAUUUUAUUUUUACAACACUUCUGGUGAUCUCAGGAUGUCAAGAAACAUAUAAUAGCCCAUAAUUUUGAAGCAUGUCCCUUUUGUACUGUUGAAAAUGCUAAUAGCAAUAUCCCAUGAAUAGCAAUUGAUAACAGCCACAGACAUUUAUUAGUUGUGUCAGUUGAGGAUCAAUGUCGACUCGCACAAGAAGGAGAACUCUUCUGCACUUCAAAUAAAGUCAUGGACUGUAAUGCCCAGCUGAUAGGGAGCACUUGAUUCUGACAUCUCUUUUAAAAUAUCCCAUCUUUAAUAAUGCAGCACUCUUUUAGUACUGUUAGAGUGCAGCCAACUGAGCCACAGCUGACACCUGGAGAAUAUGGAAUGUGAAGUAGAGUAAAUCUUAAAUCAUGUGAAGUAUGGUGGUGAGUCCUGGAAUGUGUGAGAGUGAAUUAAGACUGGAAUAUGGGGCGGUGGGAGAAGAAAGUAGCGUCCAAAACACAUUUGUUAUGAACUCCCCGUUCUGUGUCUGUGGCACAGCAGCACACUUAACAAAGGCACUGCCAUGUAGCAACGAAGUACCAGGUUCAGUGCUGUCCUUGGAUGUCAACUCUGUGGGGUUUACGCAUUCUCCCUGCGACCACAUGAGUUUCAUCUGGUUGCUCCAGUAUCCUCCUGGGUCCCAAAGACAUACAGUUGUUAGGUUAAUUAACUGUUGUAAAUUGCACCUUCAUUAUAGGUGAGUUAUAGAAUCGGGGGGGGGGGGGAGGAGAAGGGAUGAGAUUGUCAAAAGAUUAACAAAAAUGGAAUUAUGACUAAAUGGAUGGUUGAUGGUGGACAGUAAUUUUGUGGGAUGUGUCCGUGCUAUAACACAUUUCACAAUACACAUCCUGUUGGGUUACAUCUUUCUGCCAAUUAGAAGGUUAUUGUGGUUUAGAGCAAAACAGGUUGACCGAAGCUUUGGAUCAUUAUGUAUCUCCUUCAAGAGACACUGCUUAAUCUUUCUGCUGUUCUGUUCAUCCCUCAGCUUAGAAAAAUGAAGCUGCUAGAUGCCUGAUUUCAGGACCAAUGAGAUCUUAUGCCCAAUUCAAUUCACACAAGUUAUUAUUUGAUAAUGUCCUUAUUUCUAUAUUUAGAUUCUAAUAAAGCCCAAUCCCUCCAUUUUUCUAUAUCUUGUGAACUCACUAUUUUCCAUUCGUUCACCAUUUGCUUUCUCUCACCUUUGCCAACUUGUGGAUUUCCUUACUCAUUCACUAUAUUUCUUUUUAACAAGGAUUUACUUAGCAUCUAAUCUUGGCAAUUAUUUAGCCCCUUAGUAUCUUUCUUCAAUUAAUUGAUAAUCCAUUCAUUUCCAGAUACUUCUUUGAAGGUCCUGGCUUCAUUUUUUUCCCACUUUAUAGGCACAUUGUAAACACAAGCUGAAUUCUUGAAUACUACACACUUCAUUGAAGAAGUGGAGGCAGUGCUAUGGAGAAGACUUAGUGGAAUUACAAUGUUGGUACACUGAUGAUACAUUAACAGGGUAAAAAAGGGUCCAAUAGUGGAGGUUUAUUUACUAUUAAAUGGAGGUAUUGGCUGCAUUUUUCUCCUUGAUACUAUUUAAAAUAACAGAAUAGCAGUGAAAAUGAGGUGGAGAUGCACACGUCUUAAAUUUCCUCUCCCAAUAGCCACCAUUAGGUAUCUUUAUCUAAGGUUGCAGAUUAUGCUGAUAAGGCUAAGGACCAGGAUCGCUUUGAAUUUUUUUGGAAUCCAUAUGUCAUCUUCAUUACCGUGGGAAAAGAACUGCAGGCCAAACAAGUCUCCUUAACGAUCUUGAACCUUGACCUCCCUCGAGACAAAAGGAAACCUCAUAAAGUAGCGUUGUCUCAUCUGUCUCCCUUAUUUACAUUGAGUGAAGGAUGUUUUGGGGGGUACCAUUGCAAUAUUUUUGGACAGAAACUUGUAAUACAUAUCAAAUAAAUCUCAGACACAGAAAAAUGAUUUGAGAUCAGAGAGAUGUGAAGAUAUAUAUCAUUAUUGAAGAGAUUGAGAGAUCUGCUAUAAGAGUUAAAUGGGAAAAUGAAGAAACAUGGUACUUUAAUUGAGCAAGAGAAGAAUCAACAAUCUUGUUUUGAGACCUUACGUUUUUGGUGCAGUGAACCCUGUGAGAUUGCUUCCUAUGUCCUUAAAAGACAGUAGGUUGCUUUAAUUUUUCAGUCAACAACGAACUUCUGACAUUUAUGGUGAACGUAUCUCUAUUUUAAGGAAGACAGGAGGGUUCUGUUGAAAACAGUCCACAAGUCUCCUUAAAGGGAAUCAGUGUUUGAUGAAUGCUUGCCCUUCAAGAGAGAUUUGGCGCCUUAUCUGAAAGUAAAUCAUAGCUUUAUUCAAAAUUCUUGAUUAAAGGAUGGUUGUAACAUUAUGUUUUAAGGUAUACUAGAUCUGUUUAAAGGGAGAUAGCAAUUCCCUGUUUGAAGGGUAACUGUGGCACUCUUUGAAGAUAGCUGCUCCAUGGUGUUGAUAUUUCUAAGUUACUCUAAUAAUUAUGAUAAUUAGAAUUAUCUGACUGCUUGAAUGAGAGCAGGUCUCACUGCACCACACUUUAACAAGUAACAGUUCCUUGUUACUAACCUCGCUCUCCCUUUGGAGAGAGCAGAAAGUAGAUUGGGUUUUUUUUUUGGUUCUUUUCUGCCUUGUCAUGAGAUCUGCAUAUUGUAUUUAUUCUUAAUUUAUAUAUAAAUAUGGCUGUGACUGUAUUUUUGUACAUAUUAAUUGUCAAUCGAUGUACAUAUUUCCUGUAAAUACAGUGGGAUUGAAUCCAAUCUUCUAGUAAAAUGUUUUUAUUCUCA